AGGCGGUAGAGAGUUAAGACUCAUCUACCAAUGAUUCCCCAGUAUCUCUCAUCUUGCCAGAUGCCCCUUAUUCCAACUUGAACGAAGGGGUUUUCGAAUUGAGUCAAGUCACAGGAUUCUUGAUGGCUGCCCCAGCACGAGGAGUUGACUAGCCUAGUGACAUUUCCGAUAAGAAAUACGAUAAGGCUACGCCCCACCCCCGAGAGGAAAAAAAAGUUUUGACUUUGAAGCAGCAAUACCUACUUGGUGCCAACACUUGUGCAGUCGAGCCAGCCAUUGAUUGAGCGAUACCCGGCUGCCAUGGCUCAAACAAAGAAGAACGCGAAGGCGACCAAGAAGUUUGAGCAGAAGCACCUGAAAGGGGUUCUCGAGAGGAGGAAAUCCACGGCGAAAAUCAAGCAGCGCAUGCAAAUCAAGGAUAAGAAGAAGACGAAGCGAUCCCAAGAUGACCAGUUCUUCAAAGGCGCGAAGGGGGAGGGAGCUGCUCCCGCAGCGGGUAGGAAGAAUAACGGUGCCAAGGCUAGCGAGAUGAGCGUCGAUGAUUUCUUCAAGGGCGGUUUCGAGAUCCUCGACGGUGAAAAGCCCGAGACGAAGGCAGCAGGCAAACUCGGCAAACGGAAGCGGGACGGAGCACCUGCCGCGAAGGCAGAGAAAUCAGAGGACGAUUCCGACUCGGAGGCCGAACAGCAGCCAGAGGCCAGCGACAGCGACCUGGAAUCGGACAAUGGCGACGAGGAGGAUGCCGGCAUGAGCAAGGCGGCCAUGGAUGCGCUCGCCAAAGACGACCCGGACUUCUACAAGUUCUUGCAGGAGAAUGACCCCGAGGCCCUAGACUUCGACGAGGAUGCAGACCUUGCCGAGAUCGAUGAGCUCAGCGGCGGUGAAGAGGAGGAACAGCCCAAGAAGAAGAGGAAGAAGGGAGCGGCGUCCGCCGAAGAAGGCGACGACUCAGUCGAGGGUUUGAUAAAAGGCAACGAACUCACCAAGGAACUGGUUGCAAAAUGGAAGGAGUCCAUGGCUGAAACCCAUUCUUUGAGAGCUUCCCGCCAGGUCGUAUUGGCUUUCCGGUCCGCCGCGCACCUCAACGAGGACGACGACAAGCCGCAGCGCUAUUCCAUCUCGGAUCCCGAGGUCUUCCACGAUAUCCUCGUCGUCGCUCUCAAGCAGAUCCCAGAGGUUCUCCAGCACCACCUUCCCGUCAAAGAAUCAGCCGCUGGAAAGGUCUACGUCUCUGUCGACACCAAGAAGUUCAAGACUCUCUCUAUCCUGAUGAAGAGCUACACGGCCUCCAUCAUCCACCUCCUCGGAACAUUGUCCGACGACGCAACGCUCAAGCUGACGUUAUCGGCGUUGACCCCGUUGUUGCCUUACCUCCUAUCUUUUAGGAAGCUGCUGAAAUCACUUAUCAAGACCGUGGUGGCCUUUUGGUCUCAGUCGGCGAGCAGCGAAACGAUAAAAAUCACGGCUUUCCUUGUCCUCCGGCGACUGAUGGUGAUCGGGGAUAAGGGCAUUAGAGAAUCCGUUCUCAGGGCGGCGUAUCAAGGCCUUCUUCAGGGGUGUCGCGUCACAAAUGUCAACACAGUACGAGGCAUCAACCUCAUGAAGAACUCGGCUGCCGAGCUCUGGGGAAUCGACCAGGCUAUCGGCUACACGACCGCCUUCAGUUUCAUCCGCCAACUCGCGAUUCACCUGCGCAACAGCAUCGUGCACAACAAGAACGACUCGUACAGGAAGGUCUACAACUGGCAAUAUGUCCAUUCUCUCGACUUCUGGUCCUGCGUGCUCUCGGAACACUGCAGCCCGCUGAAGGAAGCCGAAGCCGGCAAGGAAAGCCAGCUCAAGCUGCUGAUAUACCCGCUCGUCCAAGUCACCCUGGGGGCGAUGCGUCUCAUCCCUACGGCAAUGUACUUCCCGCUGCGGUUCCAGCUCAUCCGCUCUCUCCUCCGGCUCUCCCGCUCGACGGGGACAUACAUCCCCCUCGCAUCCGUCCUCCUCGAGGUGCUGAACUCGGCCGAGAUGAAGAAGCCGCCAAAGUCGUCGACGCUGAAGCAGCUGGACUUCAACGUCGCCUACAAGGCCCCGAAGUCGUACCUCAGGACGCGCGUGUACCAGGACGGCGUGGGCGACCAGGUCGUCGAGCUCCUGUCCGAGUACUUCGUCCUGUGGUCGACCAACAUCGCGUUCCCCGAGUUCGCCCUGCCCGUGACGGUCAUGCUGAAGCGCUGGAUGAAGGACGCACGGAGCAGGUCCGCGGGCAACAAGAACGGCAAGCUGGUCUCGAGCCUCGUGCUGCUGGUGCAGAAGCUCGAGGCCAACGCCAAGUUCAUCGAGGAGAGGCGGGCCCGCGUCGACUUUGCGCCCAGGGACAGGAACCAGGUGGACGCCUUCCUCAAGGACUUUGAGUGGGAGAAGACGCCGCUUGGCGCAUUCGUCGUGUCCCAGCGGACGUUGAGGGCAGAGAAGCAGAAGAUGAUGGAGGAUGCGCGGAAGGAGGACGAGAGGAAACGGAAGGAAGACGAGCGGGAGCAGUUGAACGGCAACGGUGGGGAGGCAGACGAGGAAGAGAAUAGGGGGAGCGACGAAGAGGAGAUCGACAUUGAAGAUGAUGAGGAUGAGGAUGAUGAGGAGGAUAGCGAUGAGUAACGUACGACUUUGUGUGCACCGGGUGGCUGCGCAUAUCCGGUGACGGUUGCAUGUGCAAAAUUCACGUUGGAGCCUCGACUGC